AUGGCCGAGUCGCCGGAGGAGGUGGCGGUGCUGGUGCAGCGGGUCGUGAAGGACAUCCGCAACGCCUUCCAGCGGAACCCACACAUAGAUGAAAUUGGACUAAUACCCUGCCCUGAAGCCAGAUAUAACCGGAGCCCUAUUGUCCUGGUAGAAAACAAGCUUGGUGUGGAGAGUUGGUGUGUGAAGUUUCUUUUGCCAUAUGUCCACAAUAAACUUCUUCUCUACAGACAGAGAAAACAGUGGCUGAACAAGGAUGAGUUGAUAGAUAUCACAUGUACCCUGCUACUACUGAACCCCGACUUCACCACUGCUUGGAAUGUGAGGAAAGAAUUAAUUCUAUCUGGCACUUUAAAUCCACUUAAAGAUUUGCAUCUUGGAAAACUGGCGUUAACCAAGUUUCCAAAGAGUCCAGAAACAUGGAUUCAUAGACGAUGGGUGCUGCAACAACUAAUUCAGGAAAACUCCUUGCCCAGUCUUGCAACUAAAGGAAACUUGGGAGUAGCACCUGUGGAGAGAAUUCACCGACUAGUGCAGGAGGAAAUGAAUGUCUGCUCCGAAGCUGCUGGGAGAUAUCCAAGCAACUACAAUGCCUGGUCCCAUCGCAUCUGGGUUUUACAGCAUUUGGCAAAGCUCACUGUCAAGGUUCUCCUCGAUGAACUAUCAUCCACUAAAUAUUGGGUGUCCAUGCAUGUCUCGGACCAUAGUGGAUUCCAUUACCGCCAGUUCUUACUCAAUUCCUUGAUACACAGAAUGGUGACUGAUAACAACAUACAACAAAAUCAAACGGUGAAUGAACAAAACCCUAGCCUUCAGAGGGAGGAAGAGAGUGCAGGGACAGAAGAUGCCUGUACAGAGGAGCAAAGCGUGGAUCUCCCGCGCCGUUUUGAUGAAGAGAUGGAACUCUGCAGUGAACUGAUUGAUAAUUACCCAGGUCAUGAAACCUUGUGGUGUCAUAGAAGGUGUGUAUUCUACCUUCAACAGCACAUAAGCAACAAACGUCCUCUCGUGAAUGCAGUGGUAUCAUCUGUGGACAGCAGUGAUGAAAGUCUGAAUAAUUCCCACCAUAGUCCUGCAACAAGUCACAUGGCACAAGCUAUGGAUGUUGAUGGUUUGAAUGAAUCCUGCAGCAAACAAAGUUAUACCCAAGAAACAAAACGCCUGAAGCGUGCUCCUGUGCAGGACUCUCUUGGUCCAGAAAUGGAAUACCGGUUUGUUGAUAAAGUAUUAUCAACUUGUAGGGAUGCGGACCAAGCCAGGUUUGCUACUGCUUACAGAAAAUGGUUAGUUACUUUUUUAGGUCAGUGA